UGUUUUUAAACCUUCAUUGCCAGCUGCAUCACUAUGUUCAGACAGUGGUGCAGGUGAUUCCUCAUCUUUAUCACUGGAAUCAUGCGAAGAAGGAGCAGGAGAAGAUUUUCUUACCUUGGCUACGACCUCUACCUUCCUUCAUGGCAUGUUGCGGUCAUUAAAACAGUCCUGCAGUCCAAAAAUAAUAAAGUCCGGCAGUGAUAAUUGAGUCUAGAGGGAUGAAUAAAAUGACAUUGGGUAGCAUGCUAUUGGGUAGGCGUGGUGUACAGUAGCAUAGUGUUGCAUAGACUUCCGUAAAAACUACAUACAUACUUUCUGUGUCCAGUGCUCUAGCCAAAAUUUCACGCACCCCUUUGUGUCCCUCAGCGUAUUGCCACAUACGUCAGCAUACGGCAACGUAAGCUUGGCAUAGUCUGUACACAACAUUAUGCAACGCUACGUAGACCCGGUGUGAAAGCAGCUUUAAAACCUUAUGAUAUUUCAAAAAGUCUUGUUUUGCCUGAGAUAUGACUCAAAACAAGAUGUAUUCCAGACUGUUAAGACAUUCAAGAUGCACUGCUUGAAAAACAAGCUCUUAUAUCUCAUUUUAAUGUUACUGUUUAGGGGAAUAUGUCUUAUAUUAAGUCUGAUGAGAUAUUUUGACUAGAAAGUAGAACAAUAUGCUUGGCAAAAUUUUGAGUUUGCAGUAUGAUGGAUUUCAUUCUGCAGCAAACAUGAAGAAUCAUCUCAUUUUUGUUGCGUGUGCAUCAAUCUCUUCAUGGGGAGGUAAGACUGUUAAGCCAUUCACGUAAUGCUCUUCACUCAACAGGUUUGAGGUAAUCAACAUGCUCGGGAGAAAUAAGAUGGCCAUCUGGAUAAUGACUGGCCUGUUGGCCGUCACAACUGCCUUGUUCAAUCUCUACAUCCUGCUGACAAGUAUAUGGAACUACAAGCAAAAAAACAAGUGGAGCCCCAGUGAAGCCAUCAUCACAGCUCUGUCGGUGGCCAACACCGUUCACCAGCUGCUCUGUUACUUCUGGAUGACCAUGGACGAGGUGGACCAAGCGUGCCGCAUUGUUAACAUGCCCUAUGCAGUCAUACUGGUGUUAAUCUUCAGCCUGAAGUUCACCAUAAUGUGGGACACCAGCUUUCUCACCUUCUACUACAGCACCAAGCUGGUGGCCACACCCAAUCAGUGCUACACACGCAUGCAGGCCGCCAUCCUCAAGCACCUGACCUUCACCAUCUGUCUCAUUCCUCUGUGUGGGUUGGCCACCUGCAUACCAAUGCUUGUGGUGCUUCAUCCAGACAAUAACACCAGGGUCAACCAAGACUGUGGGAUUAUGAUCCCUGACACCGUUCCCGGGCAGAUCUAUGAAGCCAUGUAUCUGAUCCUCGCUGAUGUAGCACCGGGUCUGGUUAUGAUUAAAUGCUGCAUCUCCAUUUCGGUCUUCCUGGCUGUACACCUCCGCAACAUGAAGGCCAGCACGAACAGCGCUCAUGCGCCAAAGUUCAACACUCAGCUGAGGGUGAUCCAGAUGGCCCUGUCCCUCGUGGUGGUUUUCAUUUGCUUCCUGGUGGUCGACCUGUAUGUGCACUAUCAGAUAGCAGUCAACCAAGAGAACGCCAUCGUACUCACUUUCUUCUUCACGUCCGUCUACACCACAGCGACGGCCAUGGUGCUGAUCUACGGAAAAAAGACCCUGUGGAAAGCACUGAUCCAUGACUACAACGCCUGUGUGGGUGUCUAUCCGUGUUUGUCCUGCCUGAAGAUCCCAGAAAAAAACAUCAAAUCCAGCUCGCUUACAAAAGUUAAAAACACAGUGAAGAGCACCUAAAGAGUCUAUUCAGGUUUUACAUCCCACAUUAUGUUAAAAAAAAAAAAAUAGUAAUCAAGUCUCAGUGCUGUACUCACCUCUGACCAUUGCUUCAUUUGCAAGAAGAGUUUAUGAAGGAAUGAACGACAGUGAAGAGGGCAGCCAUCACCGGAGUUACAAAGAUCCACAGUAGACUCAGUAUAGCAACAAAAUAGCACUAGCAACCUGCAGGGGCGCCAUCAGGGAUUUUGGGCCCCAUUAAAAGAUAUCUUACUGGGCCACCCCCCCAUAUUAUUUUGUCAGUAUUAUAAUUGUAUUAGGGACCUCUUUGGGCCCCUGUCAAUCAUGAGAUCCUAGAAUCCUUCUCCUUAACCUCCCCUUUUCGGCACCACUGGCAACCUGCUUUGUAAUUGUCGCCAUGCUAGUGGUAUGAUGACGUCAGAGGAAAAAUGUCCAGCUGAGCGUACUUUUUUCUAAUACAUUGGUUUAUAUCUACCCUCCAUCAGUCUUUGAUGUUACGCUAAUUGUUUGGAUGAUAUGCACAAAAAAAUACCCAAUAUCAGAAUUUAUUAUUUUUGCCAGCAACAUAUGUGCAGAAUAAUCAAAAUGUAGGAAUGUUUUAAUAACCACACUAUGGAAUUUUAAGGUUGAGUUCAUGUAUUUUUCAGCAGUUUAUAGUAAAAUGGAUUUUUCUCAAAGGCGAGCAAAGCACUUGAGGCUUGAUUGCUAACAACUGGCUUCAUGCUUAAAUUUCUCAUACUUAUUUAUUUUUUUUUUUGUUGUUGUUUUUCAGUAUGAUGGGCCUGUAUGAAUUCACCUUUCCUGCUUCAGCAAAUGCUUAUAAAUCAACUGCCUGAAUCCUAUCUGUAUGUAAAUUACCAUGUGUGCACAAGAAGAGUGAAAUGCGUGAAAUAACAGCAAACAAGAGCAAUUUGAGAUUUCUGACGUUCACCAAGGGUUGACGAGGUAGCAAAUCAUUAAAUGCAUAUUUGUUCAAACAUGUCCAAGAGUGGCUUUACAGGCUAAGGAGAACCUGAUGCCCUCUGCAGCGGGUUGGGCCAGAACAGACUGGUCAUGUCAGCAUAGUGCUCAGCUGCUUUUUUUUUUUUUUUUUGGUCGGUGGAUUGUUAAUGAUAGAAACCAAAUCAUCCGCACAGCCACAGCGCUCCAAUACAAAAAGUGUAUUGGAGCGCUGUGGAGCUAUUGGAGUGUAUUGAAACGUUACAAAAUGUUACAACGUUACGAAAUGUUACAGAAAGUUUUGUCUUACGUUUUUGUAACAUUUCGGCAUUACUUUUACGCCGAAAAGUUACAAAAAGUGUACGGAAUGCUUUGGAGCUAUUGGAGUGUAUUGGAACGUUUCGGGCGACCAGCCCUUUCAUGUUUUGUUAAAUAAAGUUAUUUUUGUAUUGGAGCACUGUGGCUGUGUGGAUCAUUUGGUUUCUAUCUUUGGUAUAUUUUUCUUGGUCCUGCACGCCUUUUUACGUGUUUUGGAUGUGCAUGUCUCCAUUGCAUCAUCAGUGGAUCGUUAACAGUGUUGCCACAGUUACUUUGAAACAGUAAUCCAAUUACUGAUUACUGAUUACUCCUUGAAAAAGUAACUUAGUUACU